AUGUCUUUCGAAUACGCGCCUGUGUGUAAAGGGCUCAUGGUGAGCCUUGCGAUCUCUUCGCUGCUCGUCGGCGUGUUCGACGUGAAGCACUAUUUCCACCUCCAACUUGUCCCCCACAUCUCGCGAUACUAUCAGUAUUGGCGACUGCCUACACACCAUUUGGCUUUCUCGAGCUCGGGCGACCUGUUCAUCGCUGAACUUAUCCUCUUCAAUAUUGGCGUGCAGGUCGAGCGGCAGUUUGGUAGCCUCAAGUUCGCUUCAUUCGCUGUCAUUUCUGCCAUCCUCUCCACCGCCCUCGAGUUCCUGACCCUCCUCCUCUUCCACCGUGCGGGCCUGAACCAUAUCCCCGCCGGCCCAGCGACGCUCAUAUUCAGCAUCCUCUAUCAGCACGCACGGAUCGUGCCCUCCGCCUACGACUUCCGCAUCUUCGGGCUCCCGCUGACCAACAAAAGCUUUACCUAUCUUUUCGCGCUCCAACUUGCACUUUCGCAUCUCCCAGGCUCGCUCGCUGCAGCCAUGGUCGGGAUCCUCACCGGGCAGAUAUAUCGUUCGGACAUCACGGCUAUAAAAAGCUACCGCCUUCCUCCUGGCACAGUCUCGUUUGCGCAAAACUACCUCUUUCCGCUGCUAGGAUCGUUACGGGCUGCGAGACGCUCAAAUCGCGCAUAUCCCGAUGCUGCUGGAGGGAGUAACAAUGGGCCUCUGGAGGACGAAGUCAUUACAACUGCCCGGCCUACCUCGAUGCCCCCCCGCAAUCGCCAACAGCAACAGCAACAACCACAACAACCAGAGGGAAGCGGCUCGGUGGUGCGGGAGUGGGUGCAAGGUAUAACUGGCCGCUCGCCCGCCGCGGGUGUGCGAAUUCCGACGGAGGCGGAAAUUGGACAGCUCACGACGAUGUUCCCUGGCAUCCGGCGGGGAGGUUCUUGUCGGGACCCUCCAACGCAGUGUCAAUAUCGAGGGUGCGGUAGAGACACUCUUGAGUUCGCAGCAAUAAUAUUCGGUGUAUUUCUGGCUUGCUGUAUUGGAUGCAGCGGCGUUGCCAGCUCACGGCUGGUCACCGUUUCCUCAUUGGUCCUCGCAGUCCUGGUCUUUGAUGUGGACGUGUAG